UUUACUGACAAUUUGUGCCUCUCGUUUACUCUUGUAAAUAUUCUAUCAAUCCAUACCUGGUCAUUUUUCUUUUCUUUAUUUCCUUUUUCCGGGAACAGAUCGACCUCCUCUUCUUUCGGACUUUAGGUACAAUAUGGCAGUAAAACCAACAGUUGCAUUGAGGGCUAUAUUUGUUGGAGGCAUAGCUGUAUUUGCCAAAGUUGCAGGGGCAAUGAAGGCAGCUGGUGGUGCAAAACUUGGAGCAGCAGCGACAGCCAUGACAAUGGCUGCGACUGCUGCUAUAUCGGGGUCAAAACAGGAUCAAAAGGAUAGUUCCAAACCUCCCUCAUAAUAACUAUAAUAGCUUCUUCUGAAUUUCCCACACUUUUGUGGUGGGUUUUUUUUUAAACCAGCUACAUUUUGAGCAUAGUUGGCAGCAUACAAGCCAUGUUUAAAUGGUAGCUUUGACUAUAAGAAAAUGCUCAGAAUUUAAAUACUUGAAAUAAAGAAACAAGAGCCUUGAUGUGCAUGAAAUGAACAUUCAUUUUCAAAUGUGAUGAAAUUAAGAUUCACUGGAGGAUCAAUUUUCCUGCA